AUGUCUGAGGACUGCAGUGACCCCAAUCAGCUCCCCACGGCUGUGAUGGCCAGCCUGGACUGUGAACUUCACUUGGAGAAGUUUUGCAAGUGGAUCUUUGCUUGGAGGAGAAGAAAAUCUUUUCAGUGCUUGUGGAGGCUGAACAGUGCUGUCCCCUUUGUGAACAUCCCCUUGGGUGCAGUGGAAGGGAUGCAGCGGUGCCGGCAGGAUGGGCAGGAGCGGGCGGAGCUGAGCCCAUCCCAGGAGCUGAGCCCGUCGCAGGAGCUGAGCCCAGAGGAGGCUGUGGCCAUGCUGGCGCUGAUGGAGGAGCACGAGGAGCCCCUGCUGAACCACUCCAUGGCCUUCAUGGAGCACCUGGUCCAGGAGCUGCAGGGGCUGGAGGAGGCCAACCUCCAGGCCAUCAUCUCCUCGGAGCAGCAGGUGGCCCAGCUGAUGAGCUGCCUUGACGCGGCGCUGGCCGAGGUGGCCAGGCUGGAGGAGACCCUGCAGCUCUGCGAGGAGCUGCUGGGGGGUGUGAGGCAGCAGAUGGAUCGCAUCCACCGGGAGAACUCCCUGCUGCACCGCCUCGCUUCCAACAGGACCAGGCUGAUGGAUGAGCUCCUGUUCCUCACGAGCCAGCUGCAGCUGAGCAGGGAGCACCGCGCCGCCCUGAGCCGGGCGGAUCUGUCCAGCCCCGCAGCCAUCACAGCCUGCACGGCUGCAGCACAGGCUCUGUCCUCCUGCAUGGACCUUCCCAUCCACCCCAGUUACCGGAAGCUGCAGGCAGUGGCAGAGCAGCUGAUCCUGUUUGAAACUCUCAAGCAGAACUUUGAGAGCUCCUUCAUCAACCACAUCACAAACAUCUUCGAGCUGCAGGGCAGUUCCCAGGCCCCUGCUCAUGGUGCCCCCACUGGCAGCAUGGCUGCCCCAAGGCACAGGCCCCAGCACGAGGAGCUGCUGCCCUACAGUCCCCUCAUGGCCUGGCUGAGGAGCACCAACCCUGCUCUCUUCUGGGAUCUCCCCAAGGUGUAUUCCCAGAACCUCGGCAGACUCUACGAGCGGGAAAUCAGAGCCCUUUUUGAACAGGCCAAGAUCUCCCUGUCAGGAAGAAGAAAAGGAAGUCUGCAGGACCCUUGGGAGAGGCCGAUGGGGACCAGGCAGCCCCGGUGGAGCCUCCCCAGGAGCAGGGAAAGCCAGGAGGGCACCCCAGCCAGGGGGAACAUCUGCAGGGUGUUGCAGCAGGUGCUGAGCGAGCUGCAGCCCCUUUGCACCUCGGAGCAGCAAUUCCUGCAGGAAUUCUUCUGCCUCGGCUGCGACUCCGUGGAGCUGCAGGCGCUGGGGGGAUCUGCCACUAAGGGAGGAGAGACCAUGUCACCUCCAGAGGAGCCUCCUCGCACCAAGAGCCAGAGCCAGCCAGAAGAAGCCAUAACCCAAAUGCUGAGUGAGAUCUUCAGCUGCCUGGAGCCAGAGCUGAGGGCAUUUCUGGAUGCCUGCAACAAGGUUCACCCACUGGGCUGCCUGCAGGUCCUGGUGGCCUUGAGUGACUCCGUGUUUGGGACCUGGGGCCCUUCCUCAGCUCCCGCCUCGUCCUUCCUGCACGCCCUCCUGGGGAAUGUGCUGCUUCUGGCCAAAAGCAGCUUCAACAAAUGCAUCGGGACCUUGUGCAAGGAGAUGGAGGAGGCCAAGACUGCCAGCAGGACGGGAGGGGGGAUCCUGCCCUGCGUCAGCCGCUUCCAGGAGUUCGUGGCGCUCUCCGAGGAGGUGUUCCGGACAUCCCAGCGCCGGGGGGAGCUGGACAAGGCCCAGCUCAGACUGGCCAGCAGCGUCUUCAGCAGCAUCAGCAGCCUCUCCUCAGCAAACCUGAAGGUGAACAAGGACAUGGUGAUGAUGGAAAAUUUCCACCAUAUCCACAACUUCCUGUGCCAAAGGAACAUCCCCUGCCUGGAGGGCAAGAAGAGAGAAGCCAAGCAAAGGUCCAGGGAGCACAUGGAGAAAUACGUCACCACGUACGUGGGCCAGCCCCUGGAGAGGCUGAAGCAUUUCUUCGACGGGGUCAAAGCCCGCCUGGCUCAGGGGGUGAAGGAAGAGGAGGUCAGCUUCCAGCUGGCCUACAGCAAGCAGGAACUCCGGAAAGUCAUUGAAAAAUAUCCUGGCAAGGAAGUCAAAAGGGCCCUGGAGAGCGUCUACAGGACAAUCCACAAACAUCUGUCCCCAGAGGAAAAUCUUCUGCCGGUGGUGUGGCAGGCCAUGGAGCAGGGAUUCAUCCGGCAGUACCAAGAGUUUGAGGAGCUCAUCCAACGCUGCUAUGCCGGAGCAGGGAUUGCCCUGGACUUCACCAUGGAGGAUGUGCUGAGCUAUUUCAACUCCAUCACCAUGUCCAACAUGUAG